GGGAAUGUGCAGGGAUACUUCAUAAAGGCAGUUCCCUCGCUAGCUGAACAGAUACUGCCUGCUGCCCAUGCAACCUCUCCAAUGACUCCUUGUCCUUUAUGGUGAAGACCUCUGGUAUCAGCAGCUCCGUGUCUAGCAGGAAUUGGGAAGGAGAGUUCAAAAUUCCUGGGACCUGCCCAGUACAUUAUGUCAGCUGUCAAUGACACCAACUUCAACUCUGCAGUGUUCCUACUGACCGGGCUACCUGGGCAGGAAGACGUCCAUCUCUGGAUCUCUAUCCCCUUCUGCUUAGUGUAUAUUAUUUCAAUAAUAGGAAAUUCAGUCAUUCUGUUCAUUAUAAAAACAGAUCCAACCCUCCAUGAGCCCAUGUACAUUUUCCUUUCCAUGUUGGCUAUCACAGACCUUGGCAUAUCGAUAACCACCAUACCGACGAUACUGGGCAUAUAUUUGUUUAACUCUAGGGAGAUCAGCCUGGAUGCCUGUUUUGCCCAGCUGUUCUUCAUCCACUCCCUGUCAUUCAUUGAAUCCUCCAUUCUCUUGUUGAUGGCCUUUGACCGCUUUGUCGCGAUCUCUAACCCACUGAGAUAUGCUUCCAUCUUAACUCUUCCAAGAAUAGCCAAGAUGGGACUGGUGUUUGGGUUAAGAGGGUUUGUCCUAACAUUCCCACUCCCCUUUCUCUUGAAGCGGUUCCGAUACUGUCGAGCCAAUGUCCUCUCCCAUUCCUACUGCCUGAACCAGGAGGUCAUGAAGCUGGCUUGUUCAGAUAUCACAAUCAACAGCAUCUAUGGCUUGUUUAUUACGCUCUUAAUGGUGGGGUUGGACUCGCUGCUCAUCUUCCUCUCUUAUGUGAUGAUCCUCAAAACAGUGCUGAAAGUCGCAUCCCCGACAGAGUGCCUGAGGGCCCUGAACACCUGUGUCUCCCACCUCUGUGCUGUUGUGCUCUUUUACACACCAGAGAUCGGUUUGUCUGUGUUACACAGAUUCGGGAAGGGCUCUCCUCCAUUGCUUCAGAUUCUCCUGGGCUACAUCUACCUGCUGGUCCCGCCUCUGAUGAAUCCAAUUGUGUACAGCGUGAAAAGCAAACACCUUCGUGCGAGGAUAAUCAGGGUGUUUGUCAAGUGAUGGGUCAGUUCAUCACCCGGGGCCAGCACUGGUUACAUGGCAGAUGAAAACCAGGGGCCACCUAUUCCGUCCUGGACCCUUACAUCCGAGAUGACAUAAGCAAUUGAUCUCCACUCUGCAGAGAGAGGCUCAGGCAGGAUCUAAGGCCUGGAAUAAUGGGAUAGGGGCUGUUCCUGCUUCCUGGUGAGGGAGGACAGUGCACUGGGGGAAGGUGACCAAGGCAGACAGCAGCAUUUACAAAAUUACUGUGUUCCUGGAGUGACUGGAAAUGGUGGGGUGUUGGCCCAUAAAGAGCUGUGUCGGCGGUUGGAGCAGUCUCGAUACAGUCAAUAAGGAGACGGGAUGUGGAUGUUGUUUCGCAUUAUAACUGGCCCAUCACUGGCCUGUCUCUGGUUAAAUAUCCAGGGGCCACGAAAAAAGGUGCCGAGCUUCUUUGGCAGUUUCAGUCCUGGCCCUUCCUGAGCGCUCUGGAUGCUGCGUGAUCCAUGGGGCUGCAUCAGCUGUGGACAGGGGCUAUUCAAGGGGCACAGACACCCACCCUCCCCUUACCCCCUUAGCCAAGUCCUAAUGACUGAGUCAUGUCAGAGACAUGAUU